AUGCCCUUAUCUGCAUUUUCCAUUUCCAAUUUAUACCCUACAUCAAUUUUAUUGUGCAUGCUUUUCGUAAUAUAAUAUAAAAAUAUAAAUAAAUUUAUGAUUGAUUGGGUUACUGGCCGAUGUUGAUGUUGGUGUUGAAGGUCAUUCAUCUUUCAAAACAAAACUAGCCCAAAAUAGUUGGAAAGUCCAAACAUAGAAACAGAAGCCCAGAAAGCCCAAUUAAUCAAUGGAUACUUUUCUCUCUUUUCCCUCCUGUGGUCGCUGUAUUUCUGUUAACGAUUUUCCCACUUUCCUUUUGCCAUUUUCUUGUGGUGGUGGUUGGGACUACGACGCUGCUCAUUUACUGCCAAUUACACGGCAUCACACAGUAUAAGCCGGAAGUCUUGAAAUUCCGGCGAGUAAACGGUGGAGAUGGUUUCCCCAAGUGAUAAUGCUAAUUGGGCUUUUGAUUAUGGAUUGAUAGAAGAUAUUCCUGUUCCUGGUGGUGACCUUCCGUCUCUUGACCCACUUUGGUCUUCUCCUUCUCUCAGUGUGGAAUUUGAUGAUUCGCUUGGGAGUUCCCAGUGUCUUAGGGACAAUGGAUCUCGAAAACGCGUUAGGCCUGGAUCAUGCAGUGGGCUUGGUUCUAAAGCAUGUAGAGAGAAAAUGCGAAGGGAUAAACUGAAUGACAGGUUUAUGGAAUUAGGUGCACUUCUGGAUCCCGGGAGACCUCCUAAAAUGGACAAAUCUGUUAUUUUGGCUGAUGCUAUGAAAAUGGUAAAUCAGCUUAGGGCUGAAGCUCAGAAGCUGAAGGAGUCGAAUGAGAAUCUGCAGGAGAAGGUCAAUGAAUUGAAGGUUGAGAAGAAUGAGCUCCGUGAUGAGAAGCAGAGGCUAAAAACAGAGAAAGAGAGCAUUGAGCGUCAAGUAAACGCUUUGAGUGCUUCAGCGAGAUUCCUGCCUCAUCUUCCCGCCAUCCCAGCCCCAUUUUCUUCUCCAAGUCAAGUUAUUGGUAGCAAGCUGGUACCUAUUGUUGGCUAUCCUGGAGUCCCCAUGUGGCAGCUUAUGCCUCCUGCUACUGUUGAUACGUCCCAGGAUCCUGUUCUUCGUUCUCCAGCUGCUUAAGUUUGCAAGUAUGAGUUUUGGGUCUGCGUUCCCUUAACAAGCAGAAGCCAUCUCAGGCCCCCCCCCCCCGUAUUAGAGGUUUAAUUCUCGUCUCGUUCUGGCGGUGUAAGUUGAAGGGUGUAAGAGUAGAAAAUCAGUGUAAUUCUUUGAUGGGAAAUUUGGAGAACCCAUCAAUUAUAGGGACAACUUAGAAUUCUCACUUAUACUAUUUGGCAGUUUUUA